UGAGAAAAGAGAGGUAGUGGGAGGAUCGAAGCUCAUUCGGGGUGAGAGAAGAGGCGCGUGAGGAGACUACCAGCGACUGGCGUCACGGAUAGAGCGGUCAUCAGGGAAAAAAACAGAGCUGAUUCCCAGUUUCAUCUAAACAUCUGCAAUGUUGCUGCAGAUCUGUCUCGUCCUGGGGACGGUCGCCCAUUCAUCCUCGGCAAGCAAAAAAUACAUUACAGUGAUUCACCCUAAAGAACCUCAUGUGAUUUACAACGAAGGUUUAAUAAGUGAAUAUUGGCACAACAAUGUUGAAGUUGCAACUGCUCUUGGACCUGCUAACUAUGCUGAGAUAGAUAUAACUCAACAGCCCGACAGUGCUGAAGUUUCUGGAACAGAACAGACAAACAGUGCUGAAAAUGAAAACACUACAUUUGAUCCCUUCAACUCAGGGGAGGUAACAUCAGCACCUGUAGUAAUUAGGAGGCCUUCAGGUGUCAACAAUCAGGAAACUUUGGAACCCAAUACUAAUAAAGAAUCCAGUGAUAAAAAAGGGGGAAAUACUUCAGCUGGUACACAGCCUUUCAUUCCUCAAUCAACUGGUGUUAAAUCCCAAGGCAACUCUGGAAUUACAUCAGGGCAAACAGGGAAUGCUGCAAAUGUAGCAACUGCAGCUGGUACACAGCCAUUCUUCCCGCAGUCAACUGGUGUUAAAGCCGAAGGCGAAUCUGGAACUAUAUCAAAGCAACCAGAUAACACUGCAGAUGAAGAACUGGCAGCUACUACUCUACCAUCCUCCCAAAACUUCAAUGAACCAAGUAGUGAACAAGCAUCCUCCGGAAACCCUAUUCAUAUAGGUAGUUUACAUGAUGCUCUUCAUGUUGCCGGAGUAGAACCAAUAUCUGUCUUGGCGAUUAAUCAGGAAACAGCAGGUGAAGGAAACAAUAAUGCACAAAAGUUGGACAACAUACCUGGCGUGGAACCCUUAGUGUCUGACUCAGCAAAUUCAGUUCCAAAUGCUCUUCGAGAUGCUCUUGCUCAAGUUGGAGUCAGCGAAACAGUUGAUGACCCUUUACUGAAAGACGCUAAGCAGUAUUUCAUUUCAAUUUGGAAUCUCGAGGCACGCCGUCUUGGAGCACCUUAUCUUGAAGUAACGGACGUGUGGCCAGAGAUUGGGAUGGUAUAUAUGCCCACAAUCAAUCAGAUGUCCUCAAGAAUACAGAAUUCAAAGCCAGUCAAAGAAGCAGCGGAAAGGCUUAAGUCAGUUUCUGAAGAAUUACAUUCAGCUACUGAGGGAAACGAACCCUCCUCCAGCUUGUUGGCAGAUUUCAUGAAUUUCUGGGGUUUGGGAAGAUCACAAUAUCCAGAUGAGAUUGGGGUAGAAGACGAUUUAAGCGCAGAGGUGUCCUUGAGAAGGAAGCCUCAAGCAGAAACGGGAAAUAGUUCACCGGUCUCAAAGCCAGGCGCCCAUCAAAGACCAGCGAACCCUAUCCACCCAGCCAAUCAGAGACCAGCUACAAAACAAAACGUUAACUUCUCGUUUGAUUCUUUGGAACUAGACUAUUAGUAAGUAUGUUUUGAUCUCUCUUUUCUCAAGUUCUUAAAUAGUUUAGUAAUGUGUUUGCUUCAACGUUUUCAAUGGUGUCUGCUGCAUACUUAACAAAUAGAAAUGUAUGGAUGCAUAUGUUCCAGUAGAUCAAGACGAGACAUACCAUACUUAACUAGAAAGUAAUGGUAACAUUACAUGUGCAGAUAAUGAACUAUAGGAAAAAUAAAGUGUAUGAUUUAUGGAAAAGUAGCACCGGAAGGUAGGAAGCGCUUGCACUGCAACAUCACAUUGCCGGGAAGAUUGUUCCACAGCAAAGAGCAAAAGGGACAACUUUCUUUCCGCCGGCAUUGUCGCAAUAAUUGUACUUCAGCUCGGCAAGAAUGUUCUGAUAUUACCAGUAAGCAUAAAAUCAAAAAGCCCUGAAAACAUUCAGUGAUUGUGGAUGUUCCCUUCCAUAAGAACAUUUGCAGACAAGGGACAAACAAAUAAUCUACUUAUAAUGCCCAAGAUCAUAAUUUCACUAAUUAGAGAAGUAAUCUUAUACAUAGAGAGAGAGAGAGAGAGAUUCUAAUUUGUAAACCCUCAUAUUCCAUUCAUUGUACUUUUCAUCAGUCCAGAAAGGUCUAACUCAAAAAUGACAGCCACUCUAUUUUGCAUCAGCUCUUUCUUCAAAACAUUCGCCAGUUCAUUGAUUUGUGCUGGAAAAAGCAAUGAAAUUUUCAGGAAUGAAGUACAAGGAAAUAUUCCAUAUUUUUAGUCCCACUGUCAUCUUUUUUAAUGUAUUGCGUGCGAGGGUGACGCAUACGUUUUCCAUCGCUGUGGAAAAGGCGUGUUUUCGUGAACAGAUUGCUAAAAGAUUUUAUGGAGCCUCUUUAUUUAUACAAACAUUAUUUAUUAUAUUUAUUAAAGAAUAAAACUACA